AUGGUUGCACCAACAAUUCUCCCGCUUUCCAUCACCCCGCUCCAUUGUCCCGCUUUCCACCACCCCGCCCAAUUCUCCCUCUUUCCAUCACCCCUCCCCAUUCUCCCUCUUUCCAUCACCCCGCCCCAUUCUCCCGCUUUCCAUCACCCCGCCCCAUUCUCCCUCUUUCCAUCACCCCGCCCCAUUCUCCCUCUUUCCAUUACCCCGCCCCAUUCUCCUGCUUUCCAUCACCCCGCCCCAUUUUCCCUCUUUCCAUCACCUCGCCCCAUUCUCCCGCUUUCUAUCACCCCGCCCCAUUCUCCCGCUUUCCAUCACCCCGCUCCAUUCUCCCGCUGUCCAUCACCCCGCCCGAUUCUCCCGCUUUCCAUCACCCCUCUCCAUUCUCCCUCUUUCCAUCUCCCCGCCCCAUUCUCCCUCUUUCAAUCACCCCGUCCCAUUCUCCCUCUUUCCGUCACCCCGCCCCAUUCUCCCUGUUCCCAUCACCUCGCCCCAUUCUCCCUCUUUCCAUCACCCCGCCCCAUUCUCCCGCUUUCCAUCACCCCGCCCCAUUCUCCAGCUUUUUAUCACCCCGCCCCAUUCUCCCGAUUUCCAUCACCCCGCCCCUUUCUCCCACUUUCCAUCACCCCGCCCCAUUCUCCCGCUUUCCAUCACCCCGCCCCGUUCUCCCGCUUUCCAUCACACCGGCCCAUUCUCCCCUCUUUCCAUCACCCCGCCCCAUCCUCCCGCUUUCCAUCAUCCCGCCCCAUUCUCCCGCUUUCCAUCACCCCGUCCCGUUCUCUCGCUUUCCAUCACCCCGCCCCAUUCUCCCGCUUUCCAUCACCCCGCCCGCUCCAUUCUCCCGCUUUCCAUCACCCCGCCCAAUUCUCCCUCUUUCCAUCACCCCUCCCCAUUCUCCCUCUUUCCAUCACCCCGCCCCAUUCUCCCUCUUUCCAUCACCCCGCCCCAUUCUCCCGCCUUUCAUCACCCCGCCCUAUUCUCCCGCUUUCCAUCACCCCGCCCAAUUCUCCCGCUUUCCAUCACCCCGCCCCAUUCUCCCGCCUUCCAUCACCCAACCCCAUUCUCCCUCUUUCAAUCACCCCGCCCCAUUAUCCUGCUUUCCAUCACCCCGCCCCGUUCUCCCUCUAUCCAUCACCCCGCCCAAUUCUCCCACUUUCCAUCACCCCGUCCCAUUCUCCCGUUUUCCAUCACCCUGCCCCAUUCUCUCGCUUUCCAUCACCCUGCCUUAUUCUCCCACUUUCCAUCACCCCGCCCCAUUCUCCCAAUUUCCAUCAACCCCGCCCCAUUCUCCCGCUUUUGAUGACCCCGCCCCAUUCUCCCGCUUUCCAUCACCCCGCCCCAUUCUCCCGCUUUCCAACACCCCGCCUCAUUCUCCCGCUUUCCAUCACCCCGCCCCAUUCUCACUCUUUCCAUCACCCCUCCCCAUUCUCCCUCUUUCCAUCACCACGCCCCAUUCUCCCGCCUUCCAUCACCCCACCCCAUUCUCCAUCUUUCCAUCACCCUACCCAAUUCUCCCGCUUUUCAUCACCCCGCCCCAUUCUCCCGCCUUCCAUCACCCCGCCCCAUUAUCCCGCUUUCCAUCACCCCGCCCAUUCUCCCUCUAUCCAUCACCCCGCCCAAUUCUCCCACUUUCCACCACCCCGUCCCAUUCUCCCGUUUUCCAUCACCCUGCCCCAUUCUCUCGCUUUCCAUCACCCCGCCUUUUUCUCUCGCUUUCCAUCACCCCGCCCCAUUGUCUCGAUUUCCAUCACCCCGCCCCAUUCUCCCGCCUUCCAUGACCCCGCCCCAUUCUCCCGCUUUCCAUCACCCCGCCCCAUUCUCCCGCUUUCCAACACCCCGCCUCAUUCUCCCACUUUCCAUCACCCCGCCCCAUUCUCACUCUUUCCAUCACCCCUCCCCAUUCUCCCUCUUUCCAUCACCCCGCCCCAUUCUCCUGCUUUCUAUCACCCCACCCCAUUCUCCCUGUUCCCAUCACCUCGCCCCAUUCUCCCUCUUUCCAUCACCCCGCCCCAUUCUCCCGCUUUCCAUCACCCCGCCCCAUUCUCCAGCUUUUUAUCACCCCGCCCCAUUCUCCCGAUUUCCAUCACCCCGCCCCUUUCUCCCACUUUCCAUCACCCCGCCCCAUUCUCCCGCUUUCCAUCACCCCGCCCCGUUCUCCCGCUUUCCAUCACACCGGCCCAUUCUCCCCUCUUUCCAUCACCCCGCCCCAUCCUCCCGCUUUCCAUCAUCCCGCCCCAUUCUCCCGCUUUCCAUCACCCCGUCCCGUUCUCUCGCUUUCCAUCACCCCGCCCCAUUCUCCCGCUUUCCAUCACCCCGCCCGCUCCAUUCUCCCGCUUUCCAUCACCCCGCCCAAUUCUCCCUCUUUCCAUCACCCCUCCCCAUUCUCCCUCUUUCCAUCACCCCGCCCCAUUCUCCCUCUUUCCAUCACCCCGCCCCAUUCUCCCGCCUUUCAUCACCCCGCCCUAUUCUCCCGCUUUCCAUCACCCCGCCCAAUUCUCCCGCUUUCCAUCACCCCGCCCCAUUCUCCCGCCUUCCAUCACCCAACCCCAUUCUCCCUCUUUCAAUCACCCCGCCCCAUUAUCCUGCUUUCCAUCACCCCGCCCCGUUCUCCCUCUAUCCAUCACCCCGCCCAAUUCUCCCACUUUCCAUCACCCCGUCCCAUUCUCCCGUUUUCCAUCACCCUGCCCCAUUCUCUCGCUUUCCAUCACCCUGCCUUAUUCUCCCACUUUCCAUCACCCCGCCCCAUUCUCCCAAUUUCCAUCACCCCGCCCCAUUCUCCCGCUUUUGAUGACCCCGCCCCAUUCUCCCGCUUUCCAUCACCCCGCCCCAUUCUCCCGCUUUCCAACACCCCGCCUCAUUCUCCCGCUUUCCAUCACCCCGCCCCAUUCUCACUCUUUCCAUCACCCCUCCCCAUUCUCCCUCUUUCCAUCACCACGCCCCAUUCUCCCGCCUUCCAUCACCCCACCCCAUUCUCCAUCUUUCCAUCACCCUACCCAAUUCUCCCGCUUUCCAUCACCCCGCCCCAUUCUCCCGCCUUCCAUCACCCCGCCCCAUUAUCCCGCUUUCCAUCACCCCGCCCAUUCUCCCUCUAUCCAUCACCCCGCCCAAUUCUCCCACUUUCCACCAUCCCGUCCCAUUCUCCCGUUUUCCAUCACCCUGCCCCAUUCUCUCGCUUUCCAUCACCCCGCCUUUUUCUCUCGCUUUCCAUCACCCCGCCCCAUUGUCUCGAUUUCCAUCACCCCGCCCCAUUCUCCCGCCUUCCAUGACCCCGCCCCAUUCUCCCGCUUUCCAUCACCCCGCCCCAUUCUCCCGCUUUCCAACACCCCGCCUCAUUCUCCCACUUUCCAUCACCCCGCCCCAUUCUCACUCUUUCCAUCACCCCUCCCCAUUCUCCCUCUUUCCAUCACCCCGCCCCAUUCUCCUGCUUUCUAUCACCCCACCCCAUUCUCCCUGUUCCCAUCACCCCGCCCCAUUCUCCCUCUUUCCAUCACCCCGCCCCAUUCUCCCGCUUUCCAUCACCCCGCCCCAUUCCCCUGCUUUCCAUCACCCCGCCCCAUUCUCCCACUUUCCAUCACCCCGCCCCAUUCUCCCUCUUUCCAUCACCCCGCCCCAUUCUCCUGUUUCCAUCACCCCGCCCCAUUCUCCCUCUUUCCAUCACCCCGCCCCAUUCUCCCGCUUUCCAUCACCCCGCCCCAUUCUCCCUCUUCCCAUCACCCCGCCCCAUUCUCCCACCUUUCAUCACCCCGCCCCAUUCUCCCGCUUUCCAUCACCCCGCCCAAUUCUCCCGCUUCCCAUCACCCCGCCCCAUUCUCCCGCCUUCCAUCACCCCGCCCCAUUCUCCCUCUUUCCAUCAAACCGCCCCAUUCUCCCGCUUUCCAUCACCCCGCCCCAUUCUCCCGCUUUCCAUCACCCCGCCCCAUUGUCCCGCUUUCCAUCACCCCACCCCAUUCUCCCGCUUUCCAUCACCCCGCCCCAUUCUCCUGGUUUCCAUCACCCCGGCCCAUUUUCCCGCUUUCCAUCACCCCGCCCCAUUCUCCCGCUUUCCAUCACCCCGCCCCAUUCUCCAGCUUUCCAUCACCCCGACCCGUUCUCUCGCUUUCCAUCACCCCGCCCCAUUCUCCCGCUUUCCAUCACCCCGCCCGCUCCAUUCUCCCGCUUUCCAUCACCCCGCCCAAUUCUCCCUCUUUCCAUCACCCCUCCCCAUUCUCCCUCUUUCCAUCACCCUGCCCCAUUCUCCCUCUUUCCAUCACCCCGCCCCAUUCUCCCGCCUUUCAUCACCCCGCCCUAUUCUCCCGCUUUCCAUCACCCCGCCCAAUUCUCCCGCUUUCCAUCACCCGCCCCAUUCUCCCGCUUUCCAUCACCCCGCCCCAUUCUCCCUCUUUCCACCACCCCGCCCCAUUCUCUCGCUUUCCAUCACCCCGCCCUAUUCUCCCUCUUUCCAUCACCCCGGCCCAUUCUCCCUCUUUCCAUCACCCCGCCCCAUUCUCCCACUUUCCAUCACCCCGCGCCAUUUUCCCUCUUUCCAUCACCCCGCCCCAUUCUCCCGCUUUCCAUCACCUCGACCAAUUCUCCCACUUUCCAUCACCCCGCCCCAUUCUCCCUCUUUCCAUCACCCUGCCCCAUUCUCCCUCUAUCCAUCACCCCACCCAAUUCUCCCGCUUUCCAUCACCCCGUCCCAUUCUCCCGCUUUCCAUCACCCCGCCCCAUUCUUUUGCGUUCCAUCACCCCACCCCAUCCUCCCCUCUUUCCAUCACCCCGCCCCAUUCUCCCGAUUUCUAUCACCCCGCCCCAUUCUCCCUUUUUCCAUCACCCCGCCCCAUUCUCCCGCUUUCCAUCACCCCGCCCCGUUCUCCCUCUUUCCAUCACCCCGCCCCAUUCUCCCUCUUUCCAUCACCCCGCCCCAUUCUCCCGCUUUCCAUCACCCAGCCCCAUUCUCCCUCUUUUCAUAGCCCCGCCCCAUUCUCCCGCUUUCCAUCACCCCGCCCCAUUCUCCCUCUUUCCAUCACCCCUCCCCGUUCUCCCGCUUUCCAUCACCCCGCCCCAUUCUCCUCUUUCCAUCACCCCGCCACAUUCUUCUGCUUUCCAUCACCCCGCCCCAUUCUCCCUCUUCCCAUCACCCCGCCCUAUUCUCUCGCUUUCCAUCACCCCGCCCCAUUCUCCCGCUUUUCAUCACCCCGCCCCAUUCUCCCGCUUUCCAUCACCCCGUCCCAUUCUCCCUCUUUCCAUCACCCCGCCCCAUUCUUCCUCUUUCCAUCUCCCCGCCCCAUUCUCCCUCUUUCCAUCACCCCGCCUCAUUCUCCCGCUUUCCAUCACCCCGUCCCCAUUCUCCCACUUUCCAUCACCCCACCCCAUUCUCCAUCUUUACAUCACCCCGCCCCACUCUCCCGCCUUCCAUCACCCCGCCCCAUUCUCCAUCUUUCCAUCACCCUGCCCAAUUCUCCCGCCUUCCAUCACCCCACCCCGUUCUCCCGUCUUCCAUCACCCCGCCCCAUUCUCCCGCUUUCCAUCACCCCGCCCCAUUCUCCCACUUUCCAUCACCCCGCCCCAUUCUCCCUCUUUCCAUCACCCCGCCCCAUUCUCCCGCUUUCCAUCACCCUGCCCCAUUUUCCCUCUUUCCAUCACCCCGCCCCAUUCUCCCGCUUUCCAUCACCCCGCCCCAUUCUCCCUCUUCCCAUCACCCCGCCCUAUUCUCCCGCCUUUCAUCACCCUGCCCCAUUCUCCCGCUUUCCAUCACCCCGCCCAAUUCUCCCGCUUCCCAUCACCCCGCCCCAUUCUCCUGCCUUCCAUCACCCCGCUCCAUUCUCCCUCUUUCCAUCACCCCGCCCCAUUCUCCCGCUUUCCAUCAUCCCGCCCCAUUCUCCCGCUUUCCAUCACCCUGCCCCAUUCUCCCUCUAUCCAUCACCCCACCCAAUUCUCCCGCUUUCCAUCACCCCGCCCCAUUCUCCCGCUUUCCAUCACCCCGCCCCAUUCUCCCGCUUUCCAUCACCCCGUCCCGUUCUCUCGCUUUCCAUCACCCCGCCCCAUUCUCCCGCUUUCCAUCACCCCGCCCGCUCCAUUCUCCCGCUUUCCAUCACCCCGCCCAAUUCUCCCUCUUUCCAUCACCCUGCCCCAUUCUCCCUCUUUCCAUCACCCUGCCCCAUUCUCCCGCCUUUCAUCACCCCGCCCUAUUCUCCCGCUUUACAUCACCCCGCCCAAUUCUCCCGCUUUCCAUCACCCCGCCCCAUUCUCCCGCUUUCCAUCACCCCGCCCCAUUCUCCCUCUUUCCAUCACCCCGGCCCAUUCAUCCUCUUUCCAUCACCCCGCCCCAUUCUCCCACUUUCCAUCACCCUGCGCCAUUUUCCCUCUUUCCAUCACCCCGCCCCAUUCUCCCGCUUUCCAUCACCCUGCCCCAUUCUCUCGCUUUCCAUCAUCCCGCUCCAUUGUCCCGCUUUCCAUCACCCCGCCCAAUUCUCCCUCUUUCUAUCACCACUCCCUAUUCUCCCUUUUUCCAUCACCCCGCCCCAUUCUCCCACUUUCCAUCACCCCGCCCCAUUCUCCCACUUUCCAUCACCCCGCCCCAUUCUCCCUCUUUCCAUCACCCCGCCCCAUUCUCCCGCUUUCCAUCACCUCGACCAAUUCUCCCGCUUUCCAUCACCCCGCCCCAUUCUCCCUCUUUCCAUCACCAUGCCCCAUUCUCCCUCUAUCCAUCACCACACCCAAUUCUCCCGCUUUCCAUCACCCCGUCCCAUUCUCCCGCUUUCCAUCACCCCGCCCCAUUCUUUUGCGUUCCAUCACCCCACCCCAUCCUCCCCUCUUUCCAUCACCCCGCCCCAUUCUCCCGCUUUCCAUCACCCCGCCCCAUUCUCCCGCUUUCCAUCACCCCACCCCAUUCUCCCGUUUUCCAUCACCCCGCCCCAUUCUCCUGGUUUCCAUCACCCCGGCCCAUUUUCCCGCUUUCCAUCACCCCGCCCCAUUCUCCCGCUUUCCAUCACCCCGCCCCAUUUUCCCUCUUUCCAUCACCCCGCCCCAUUCUCCUGUUUCCAUCACCCCGCCCCAUUCUCCCUCUUUCCAUCACCCCGCCCCAUUCUCCCGCUUUCCAUCACCCCGCCCCAUUCUCCCUCUUCCCAUCACCCCGCCCCAUUCUCCUGCCUUCCAUCACCCCGCCCCAUUCUCCCUCUUUCCAUCAAACCGCCCCAUUCUCCCGCUUUCCAUCACCCCGCCCCAUUCUCCCGCUUUCCAUCACCCCGCCCCAUUGUCCCGCUUUCCAUCACCCCACCCCAUUCUCCCGCUUUCCAUCACCCCGCCCCAUUCUCCUGGUUUCCAUCACCCCGGCCCAUUUUCCCGCUUUCCAUCACCGCGCCCCAUUCUCCCGCUUUCCAUCACCCCGCCCCAUUCUCCAGCUUUCCAUCACCCCGACCCGUUCUCUCGCUUUCCAUCACCCCGCCCCAUUCUCCCGCUUUCCAUCACUCCGCCCGCUCCAUUCUCCCGCUUUCCAUCACCCCGCCCAAUUCUCCCUCUUUCCAUCACCCCUCCCCAUUCUCCCUCUUUCCAUCACCCUGCCCCAUUCUCCCUCUUUCCAUCACCCCGCCCCAUUCUCCCGCCUUUCAUCACCCCGCCCUAUUCUCCCGCUUUCCAUCACCCCACCCCAUCCUCCCCUCUUUCCAUCACCCCGCCCCAUUCUCCCGAUUUCUAUCACCCCGCCCCAUUCUCCCUUUUUCCAUCACCCCCCCCCCAUUCUCCCGCUUUCCAUCACCCCGCCCCGUUCUCCCUCUUUCCAUCACCCCGCCCCAUUCUCCCUCUUUCCAUCACCCCGCCCCAUUCUCCCGCUUUCCAUCACCCAGCCCCAUUCUCCCUCUUUUCAUAGCCCCGCCCCAUUCUCCCGCUUUCCAUCACCCCACCCCAUUCUCCCUCUUUCCAUCACCCCUCCCCGUUCUCCCGCUUUCCAUCACCCCGCCCCAUUCUCCCGCUUUCCAUCACCCCGCCCCAUUCUCCUGCUUUCCAUCACCCCGCCCCAUUCUCCCUCUUCCCAUCACCCCACCCUAUUCUCUCGCUUUCCAUCACCCCGCCCCAAUCUCCCGCUUUUCAUCACCCCGCCCCAUUCUCCCGCUUUCCAUCACCCCGUCCCAUUCUCCCUCUUUCCAUCACCCCGCCCCAUUCUUCCUCUUUCCAUCUCCCCGCCCCAUUCUCCCUCUUUCCAUCACCCCGCCUCAUUCUCCCGCUUUCCAUCACCCCGCCCCAUUCUCCCACUUUCCAUCACCCCACCCCAUUCUCCAUCUUUACAUCACCCCGCCCCACUCUCCCGCCUUCCAUCACCCCGCCCCAUUCUCCAUCUUUCCAUCACCCUGCCCAAUUCUCCCGCCUUCCAUCACCCCACCCCGUUCUCCCGUCUUCCAUCACCCCGCCCCAUUCUCCCGCUUUCCAUCACCCCGCCCCAUUCUCCCACUUUCCAUCACCCCGCCCCAUUCUCCCUCUUUCCAUCACCCCGCCCCAUUCUCCCGCUUUCCAUCACCCCGCCCCAUUUUCCCUCUUUCCAUCACCCCGCCCCAUUCUCCCGCUUUCCAUCACCCCGCCCCAUUCUCCCUCUUCCCAUCACCCCGCCCUAUUCUCCCGCCUUUCAUCACCCUGCCCCAUUCUCCCGCUUUCCAUCACCCCGCCCAAUUCUCCCGCUUCCCAUCACCCCGCCCCAUUCUCCUGACUUCCAUCACCCCGCUCCAUUCUCCCUCUUUCCAUCACCCCGCCCCAUUCUCCCGCUUUCCAUCAUCCCGCCCCAUUCUCCCGCUUUCCAUCACCCUGCCCCAUUCUCCCUCUAUCCAUCACCCCACGCAAUUCUCCCGCUUUCCAUCACCCCGUCCCAUUCUCCCGCUUUCCAUCACCCCGCCCCAUUCUUUUGCGUUCCAUCACCCCACCCCAUCCUCCCCUCUUUCCAUCAUCCCUGCCCCAUUCUCCCUUUUUCCAUCACCCCGCCCCAUUCUCCCGCUUUCCAUCACCCCGCCCAAUUCUCCCGCUUCCCAUCACCCCGCCCCAUUCUCCUGCCUUCCAUCACCCCGCCCCAUUCUCCCUCUUUCCAUCACCCCGCCCCAUUCUCCCGCUUUCCAUCAUCCCGCCCCAUUCUCCCGCUUUCCAUCACCCCGCCCCAUUCUCCCGCUUUCCAUCACCCCACCCCAUUCUCCCGCUUUCCAUCACCCCGCCCCAUUCUCCCGGUUUCCAUCACCCCGGCCCAUUUUCCCGCUUUCCAUCACCCCGCCCCAUUCUCCCGCUUUCCAUCACCCCGCCCCAUUCUCCCGCUUUCCAUCACCCCACCCCAUUCUCCCGCUUUCCAUCACCCCGCCCCAUUCUCCUGGUUUCCAUCACCCCGGCCCAUUUUCCCGCUUUCCAUCACCCCGCCCCAUUCUCCCGCUUUCCAUCACCCCGCCCCAUUCUCCAGCUUUCCAUCACCCCGACCCGUUCUCUCGCUUUCCAUCACCCCGCCCCAUUCUCCCGCUUUCCAUCACUCCGCCCGCUCCAUUCUCCUGCUUUCCAUCACCCCGCCCAAUUCUCCCUCUUUCCAUCACCCCUCCCCAUUCUCCCUCUUUCCAUCACCCUGCCCCAUUCUCCCUCUUUCCAUCACCCCGCCCCAUUCUCCCGCCUUUCAUCACCCCGCCCUAUUCUCCCGCUUUCCAUCACCCCGCCCAAUUCUCCCGCUUUCCAUCACCCGCCCCAUUCUCCCGCUUUCCAUCACCCCGCCCCAUUCUCCCUCUUUCCACCACCCCGCCCCAUUCUCUCGCUUUCCAUCACCCCGCCCCAUUCUUCCUCUUUCCAUCACCCCGGCCCAUUCUCCCUCUUUCCAUCACCCCGCCCCAUUCUCCCACUUUCCAUCACCCCGCGCCAUUUUCCCUCUUUCCAUCACCCCGCCCCAUUCUCCCGCUUUCCAUCACCUCGACCAAUUCUCCCGCUUUCCAUCACCCCGCCCCAUUCUCCCUCUUUCCAUCACCCUGCCCCAUUCUCCCUCUAUCCAUCACCCCACCCAAUUCUCCCGCUUUCCAUCACCCCGUCCCAUUCUCUCGCUUUCCAUCACCCCGCCCCAUUCUUUUGCGUUCCAUCACCCCACCCCAUCCUCCCCUCUUUCCAUCACCCCGCCCCAUUCUCCCGAUUUCUAUCACCCCGCCCCAUUCUCCCUUUUUCCAUCACCCCCCCCCAUUCUCCCGCUUUCCAUCACCCCGCCCCGUUCUCCCUCUUUCCAUCACCCCGCCCCAUUCUCCCUCUUUCCAUCACCCCGCCCCAUUCUCCCGCUUUCCAUCACCCAGCCCCAUUCUCCCUCUUUUCAUAGCCCUGCCCUAUUCUCCCGCUUUCCAUCACCCCGCCCCAUUCUCCCUCUUUCCAUCACCCCUCCCCGUUCUCCCGCUUUCCAUCACCCCGCCCCAUUCUCCCGCUUUCCAUCACCCCGCCCCAUUCUCCUGCUUUCCAUCACCCCGCCCCAUUCUCCCUCUUCCCAUCACCCCGCCCUAUUCUCUCGCUUUCCAUCACCCCGCCCCAUUCUCCCGCUUUUCAUCACCCCGCCCCAUUCUCCCGCUUUCCAUCACCCCGUCCCAUUCUCCCUCUUUCCAUCACCCCGCCCCAUUCUUCCUUUUUCCAUCUCCCCGCCUCAUUCUCCCUCUUUCCAUCACCCCGCCUCAUUCUCCCGCUUUCCAUCACCCCGCCCCAUUCUCCCACUUUCCAUCACCCCACCCCAUUCUCCAUCUUUACAUCACCCCGCCCCACUCUCCCGCCUUCCAUCACCCCGCCCCAUUCUCCAUCUUUCCAUCACCCUGCCCAAUUCUCCCGCCUUCCAUCACCCCACCCCGUUCUCCUGUCUUCCAUCACCCCGCCCCAUUCUCCCGCUUUCCAUCACCCCGCCCCAUUCUCCCACUUUCCAUCACCCCGCCCCAUUCUCCCUCUUUCCAUCACCCCGCCCCAUUCUCCCGCUUUCCAUCACCCCGCCCCAUUUUCCCUCUUUCCAUCACCCCGCCCCAUUCUCCCGCUUUCCAUCACCCCGCCCCAUUCUCCCUCUUCCCAUCACCCCGCCCUAUUCUCCCGCCUUUCAUCACCCUGCCCCAUUCUCCCGCUUUCCAUCACCCCGCCCAAUUCUCCCGCUUCCCAUCACCCCGCCCCAUUCUCCCUCUUUCCAUCACCCCGCCCCAUUCUCCCGCUUUCCAUCAUCCCGCCCCAUUCUCCCGCUUUCCAUCACCCUGCCCCAUUCUCCCUCUAUCCAUCACCCCACCCAAUUCUCCCGCUUUCCAUCACCCCGUCCCAUUCUCCCGCUUUCCAUCACCCCGCCCCAUUCUUUUGCGUUCCAUCACCCCACCCCAUCCUCCCCUCUUUCCAUCACCCCGCCCCAUUCUCCCGAUUUCUAUCAUCCCGCCCCAUUCUCCCUUUUUCCAUCACCCCGCCCCAUUCUCCCGCUUUCCAUCACCCCGCCCAAUUCUCCCGCUUCCCAUCACCCCGCCCCAUUCUCCUGCCUUCCAUCACCCCGCCCCAUUCUCCCUCUUUCCAUCACCCCGCCCCAUUCUCCCGCUUUCCAUCAUCCCGCCCCAUUCUCCCGCUUUACAUCACCUCGACCAAUUCUCCCGCUUUCCAUCACCCCGCCCCAUUCUCCCUCUUUCCAUCACCCUGCCCCAUUCUCCCUCUAUCCAUCACCCCACCCAAUUCUCCCGCUUUCCAUCACCCCGUCCCAUUCUCCCGCUUUCCAUCACCCCGCCCCAUUCUUUUGCCCCCAUUCUCCCUCUUUUCAUAGCCCCGCCCCAUUCUCCCGCUUUCCAUCACCCCGCCCCAUUCUCCCUCUUUCCAUCACCCCUCCCCGUUCUCCCGCUUUCCAUCACCCCGCCCCAUUCUCCCGCUUUCCAUCACCCCGCCCCAUUCUCCUGCUUUCCAUCACCCCGCCCCAUUCUCCCUCUUCCCAUCACCCCGCCCUAUUCUCUCGCUUUCCAUCACCCCGCCCCAUUCACCCGCUUUUCAUCACCCCGCCCCAUUCUCCCGCUUUCCAUCACCCCGUCCCAUUCUCCCUCUUUCCAUCACCUCGCCCCAUUCUUCCUUUUUCCAUCUCCCCGCCCCAUUCUCCCUCUUUCCAUCACCCCGCCUCAUUCUCCCGCUUUCCAUCACCCCGCCCCAUUCUCCCACUUUCCAUCACCCCACCCCAUUCUCCAUCUUUACAUCACCCCGCCCCACUCUCCCGCCUUCCAUCACCUCGCCCCAUUCUCCAUCUUUCCAUCACCCUGCCCAAUUCUCCCGCCUUCCAUCACCCCACCCCGUUCUCCCGUCUUCCAUCACCCCGCCCCAUUCUCCCGCUUUCCAUCACCCCGCCCCAUUCUCCCACUUUCCAUCACCCCGCCCCAUUCUCCCUCUUUCCAUCACCCCGCCCCAUUCUCCCGCUUUCCAUCACCCCGCCCCAUUUUCCCUCUUUCCAUCACCCCGCCCCAUUCUCCCGCUUUCCAUCACCCCGCCCCAUUCUCCCUCUUCCCAUCACCCCGCCCUAUUCUCCCGCCUUUCAUCACCCUGCCCCAUUCUCCCGCUUUCCAUCACCCCGCCCAAUUCUCCCGCUUCCCAUCACCCCGCCCCAUUCUCCUGCCUUCCAUCACCCCGCUCCAUUCUCCCUCUUUCCAUCACCCCGCCCCAUUCUCCCGCUUUCCAUCAUCCCGCCCCAUUCUCCCGCUUUCCAUCACCCUGCCCCAUUCUCCCUCUAUCCAUCACCCCACCCAAUUCUCCCGCUUUCCAUCACCCCGUCCCAUUCUCCCGCUUUCCAUCACCCCGCCCCAUUCUUUUGCGUUCCAUCACCCCACCCCAUCCUCCCCUCUUUCCAUCACCCCGCCCCAUUCUCCCGAUUUCUAUCAUCCCGCCCCAUUCUCCCUUUUUCCAUCACCCCGCCCCAUUCUCCCGCUUUCCAUCACCCCGCCCAAUUCUCCCGCUUCCCAUCACCCCGCCCCAUUCUCCUGCCUUCCAUCACCCCGCCCCAUUCUCCCUCUUUCCAUCACCCCGCCCCAUUCUCCCGCUUUUCAUCAUCCCGCCCCAUUCUCCCGCUUUCCAUCACCCCGCCCCAUUCUCCCGCUUUCCAUCACCCCACCCCAUUCUCCCGCUUUCCAUCACCCCGCCCCAUUCUCUCGGUUUCCAUCACCCCGGCCCAUUUUCCCGCUUUCCAUCACCCCGCCCCAUUCUCCCGCUUUCCAUCACCCCGCCCCAUUCUCCCGCUUUCCAUCACCCCGUCCCGUUCUCUCGCUUUCCAUCACCCCGCCCCAUUCUCCCGCUUUCCAUCACCCCGCCCGCUCCAUUCUCCCGCUUUCCAUCACCCCGCCCAAUUCUCCCUCUUUCCAUCACCCCUCCCCAUUUUUCCUCUUUCCAUCACCCUGCCCCAUUCUCCCUCUUUCCAUCACCCCGCCCCAUUCUCCCGCCUUUCAUCACCCCGCCCUAUUCUCCCGCUUUACAUCACACCGCCCAAUUCUCCCGCUUUCCAUCACCCCGCCCCAUUCUCCCGCUUUCCAUCACCCCGCCCCAUUCUCCCUCUUUCCAUCACCCCGGCCCAUUCAUCCUCUUUCCAUCACCCCGCCCCAUUCUCCCACUUUCCAUCACCCCGCGCCAUUUUCCCUCUUUCCAUCACCCCGCCCCAUUCUCCCGCUUUCCAUCACCCUGCCCCAUUCUCUCGCUUUCCAUCAUCCCGCUCCAUUGUCCCGCUUUCCAUCACCCCGCCCAAUUCUCCCUCUUUCCAUCACCACUCCCUAUUCUCCCUUUUUCCAUCACCCCGCCCCAUUCUCCCACUUUCCAUCACCCCGCCCCAUUCUCCCACUUUCCAUCACCCCGCCCCAUUCUCCCUCUUUCCAUCACCCCGCCCCAUUCUCCCGCUUUCCAUCACCUCGACCAAUUCUCCCGCUUUCCAUCACCCCGCCCCAUUCUCCCUCUUUCCAUCACCAUGCCCCAUUCUCCCUCUAUCCAUCACCACACCCAAUUCUCCCGCUUUCCAUCACCCCGUCCCAUUCUCCCGCUUUCCAUCACCCCGCCCCAUUCUUUUGCGUUCCAUCACCCCACCCCAUCCUCCCCUCUUUCCAUCACCCCGCCCCAUUCUCCCGCUUUCCAUCACCCCGCCCCAUUCUCCCGCUUUCCAUCACCCCACCCCAUUCUCCCGCUUUCCAUCACCCCGCCCCAUUCUCCCGGUUUCCAUCACCCCGGCCCAUUUUCCCGCUUUCCAUCACCCCGCCCCAUUCUCCCGCUUUCCAUCACCCCGCCCCAUUCUCCCGCUUUCCAUCACCCCGUCCCGUUCUCUCGCUUUCCAUCACCCCGCCCCAUUCUCCCGCUUUCCAUCACCCCGCCCGCUCCAUUCUCCCGCUUUCCAUCACCCCGCCCAAUUCUCCCUCUUUCCAUCACCCCUCCCCAUUUUUCCUCUUUCCAUCACCCUGCCCCAUUCUCCCUCUUUCCAUCAUUCCCACCCAUUCUCCCGCCUUUCAUCACCCCGCCCUAUUCUCCCGCUUUACAUCACCCCGCCCAAUUCUCCCGCUUUCCAUCACCCCGCCCCAUUCUCCCGCUUUCCAUCACCCCCCCCCAUUCUCCCUCUUUCCAUCACCCCGGCCCAUUCAUCCUCUUUCCAUCACCCCGCCCCAUUCUCCCUCUUUCCAUCACCCCGCGCCAUUUUCCCUCUUUCCAUCACCCCGCCCCAUUCUCCCGCUUUCCAUCACCCUGCCCCAUUCUCUCGCUUUCCAUCAUCCCGCUCCAUUGUCCCGCUUUCCAUCACCCCGCCCAAUUCUCCCUCUUUCCAUCACCACUCCCUAUUCUCCCUUUUUCCAUCACCCCGCCCCAUUCUCCCACUUUCCAUCACCCCGCCCCAUUCUCCCACUUUCCAUCACCCCGCCCCAUUCUCCCUCUUUCCAUCACCCCGCCCCAUUCUCCCGCUUUCCAUCACCUCGACCAAUUCUCCCGCUUUCCAUCAUCCCGCCCCAUUCUCCCUCUUUCCAUCACCAUGCCCCAUUCUCCCUCUAUCCAUCACCACACCCAAUUCUCCCGCUUUCCAACACCCCGUCCCAUUCUCCCGCUUUCCAUCACCCCGCCCCAUUCUUUUGCGUUCCAUCACCCCACCCCAUCCUCCCCUCUUUCCAUCACCCCGCCCCAUUCUCCCUCUUUCCAUCACCCCGCCCCAUUCUCCCGCUUUCCAUCACCCCGCCCCAUUCUCCCGCUUUCCAUCACCCCGCCCCAUUCUCCCACUUUCUAUCACCCCGCCCCAUUCUCCCUCUUUCCAUCACCCCGCCCCAUUCUCUUGUUUCCAUCACCCCGCCCCAUUCUCCCUCUUUCCAUCACCCAGCCCCAUUCUCCCGCUUUCCAUCACCCCGCCCCAUUCUCCCUCUUCCCAUCACCCCGCCCCAUUCUCCCGCCUUCCAUCACCGCGCCCCAUUCUCCCUCUUUCCAUCAAACCGCCCCAUUCUCCCGCUUUCCAUCACCCCGCCCCAUUCUCCCGUUUUCCAUCACCCCGCCCCAUUGUCCCGCUUUCCAUCACCCCACCCCAUUCUCCCGCUUUCCAUCACCCCGCCCCAUUCUCCUGGUUUCCAUCACCCCGGCCCAUUUUCCCGCUUUCCAUCACCCCGCCCCAUUCUCCCGCUUUCCAUCACCCCGCCCCAUUCUCCAGCUUUCCAUCACCCCGACCCGUUCUCUCGCUUUCCAUCACCCUGCCCCAUUCUCCCGCAUUCCAUCACCCCGCCCGCUCCAUUCUCCCGCUUUCCAUCACCCCGCCCAAUUCUCCCUCUUUCCAUCACCCCUCCCCAUUCUCCCUCUUUCCAUCACCCUGCCCCAUUCUCCCUCUUUCCAUCACCCCGCCCCAUUCUCCCGCCUUUCAUCACCCCGCCCUAUUCUCCCGCUUUCCAUCACCCCGCCCAAUUCUCCCGCUUUCCAUCACCCGCCCCAUUCUCCCGCAUUCCAUCACCCCGCCCCAUUCUCCCUCUUUCCACCACCCCGCCCCAUUCUCUCGCUUCCCAUCACCCCGCCCCAUUCUCCCUCUUUCCAUCACCCCGGCCCAUUCUCCCUCUUUCCAUCACCCCGCCCCAUUCUCCCACUUUCCAUCACCCCGCGCCAUUUUCCCUCUUUCCAUCACCCCGCCCCAUUCUCCCGCUUUCCAUCACCUCGACCAAUUCUCCCGCUUUCCAUCACCCCGCCCCAUUCUCCCUCUUUCCAUCACCCUGCCCCAUUCUCCCUCUAUCCAUCACCCCACCCAAUUCUCCCGCUUUCCAUCACCCCGUCCCAUUCUCCCGCUUUCCAUCACCCCGCCCCAUUCUUUUGCGUUCCAUCACUCCACCCCAUCCUCCCCUCUUUCCAUCACCCCGCCCCAUUCUCCCGAUUUCUAUCACCCCGCCCCAUUCUCCCUUUUUCCAUCACCCCGCCCCAUUCUCCCGCUUUCCAUCACCCCGCCCCCCCCGCCCCAUUCUCCUGCUUUCCAUCACCCCGCCCCAUUCUCCCUCUUUCCAUCACCCCGCCCCGUUCUCCCGCUUUCCAUCACCCCGCCCCAUUCUCCCGCUUUCCAUCACCCCGCUCCAUUCUCCUGCUUUCCAUCACCCCGCCCCAUUCUCCCUCUUCCCAUCACCCCGCCCUAUUCUCUCGCUUUCCAUCACCCCGCCCCAUUCUCCCGCUUUUCAUCACCCCGCCCCAUUCUCCCGCUUUCCAUCACCCCGUCCCAUUCUCCCUCUUUCCAUCACCCCGCCCCAUUCUUCCUCUUUCCAUCUCCCCGCCCCAUUCUCCCUCUUUCCAUCACCCCGCCUCAUUCUCCCGCUUUCCAUCACCCCGCCCCAUUCUCCCACUUUCCAUCACCCCACCCCAUUCUCCAUCUUUACAUCACCCCGCCCCACUCUCCCGCCUUCCAUCACCCCGCCCCAUUCUCCAUCUUUCCAUCACCCUGCCCAAUUCUCCCGCCUUCCAUCACCCCACCCCGUUCUCCCGUCUUCCAUCACCCCGCCCCAUUCUCCCGCUUUCCAUCACCCCGCCCUAUUCUCCCACUUUCCAUCACCCCGCCCCAUUCUCCCUCUUUCCAUCACCCCGCCCCAUUCUCCCGCUUUCCAUCACCCCGCCCCAUUUUCCCUCUUUCCAUCACCCCGCCCCAUUCUCCCGCUUUCCAUCACCCCGCCCCAUUCUCCCUCUUCCCAUCACCCCGCCCUAUUCUCCCGCCUUUCAUCACCCUGCCCCAUUCUCCCGCUUUCCAUCACCCCGCCCAAUUCUCCCGCUUCCCAUCACCCCGCCCCAUUCUCCUGCCUUCCAUCACCCCGCUCCAUUCUCCCUCUUUCCAUCACCCCGCCCCAUUCUCCCGCUUUCCAUCAUCCCGCCCCAUUCUCCCGCUUUCCAUCACCCUGCCCCAUUCUCCCUCUAUCCAUCACCCCACCCAAUCUUCCCGCUUUCCAUCACCCCGUCCCAUUCUCCCGCUUUCCAUCACCCCGCCCCAUUCUUUUGCGUUCCAUCACCCCACCCCAUCCUCCCCUCUUUCCAUCACCCCGCCCCAUUCUCCCGAUUUCUAUCAUCCCGCCCCAUUCUCCCUUUUUCCAUCACCCCGCCCCAUUCUCCCGCUUUCCAUCACCCCGCCCAAUUCUCCCGCUUCCCAUCACCCCGCCCCAUUCUCCUGCCUUCCAUCACCCCGCCCCAUUCUCCCUCUUUCCAUCACCCCGCCCCAUUCUCCCGCUUUCCAUCAUCCCGCCCCAUUCUCCCGCUUUCCAUCACCCCGCCCCAUUCUCCCGCUUUCCAUCACCCCACCCCAUUCUCCCGCUUUCCAUCACCCCGCCCCAUUCUCCCGGGUUCCAUCACCCCGGCCCAUUUUCCCGCUUUCCAUCACCCCGCCCCAUUCUCCCGCUUUCCAUCACCCCGCCCCAUUCUCCCGCUUUCCAUCACCCCGUCCCGUUCUCUCGCUUUCCAUCACCCCGCCCCAUUCUCCCGCUUUCCAUCAUCCCGCCCGCUCCAUUCUCCCGCUUUCCAUCACCCCGCCCAAUUCUCCCUCUUUCCAUCACCCCUCCCCAUUUUUCCUCUUUCCAUCACCCUGCCCCAUUCUCCCUCUUUCCAUCACCCCGCCCCAUUCUCCCGCCUUUCAUCACCCCGCCCUAUUCUCCCGCUUUACAUCACCCCGCCCAAUUCUCCCGCUUUCCAUCACCCCGCCCCAUUCUCCCGCUUUCCAUCACCCCGCCCCAUUCUCCCUCUUUCCAUCACCCCGGCCCAUUCAUCCUCUUUCCAUCACUCCGCCCCAUUCUCCCACUUUCCAUCACCCCGCGCCAUUUUCCCUCUUUCCAUCACCCCGCCCCAUUCUCCCGCUUUCCAUCACCCUGCCCCAUUCUCUCGCUUUCCAUCAUCCCGCUUCAUUGUCCCACUUUCCAUCACCCCGCCCAAUUCUCCCUCUUUCCAUCACCACUCCCUAUUCUCCCUUUUUCCAUCACCCCGCCCCAUUCUCCCACUUUCCAUCACCCCGCCCCAUUCUCCCACUUUCCAUCACCCCGCCCCAUUCUCCCUCUUUCCAUCACCCCGCCCCAUUCUCCCGCUUUCCAUCACCUCGACCAAUUCUCCCGCUUUCCAUCACCCCGCCCCAUUCUCCCUCUUUCCAUCACCAUGCCCCAUUCUCCCUCUAUCCAUCACCACACCCAAUUCUCCCGCUUUCCAUCACCCCGUCCCAUUCUCCCGCUUUCCAUCACCCCGCCCCACUCUUUUGCGUUCCAUCACCCCACCCCAUCCUCCCCUCUUUCCAUCACCCCGCCCCAUUCUCCCGCUUUCCAUCACCCCGCCCCAUUCUCCCGCUUUCCAUCACCCCACCCCAUUCUCCCGCUUUCCAUCACCCCGCCCCAUUCUCCUGGUUUCCAUCACCCCGGCCCAUUUUCCCGCUUUCCAUCACCCCGUCCCAUUCUCCCGCUUUCCAUCACCCCGCCCCAUUCUCCCUCUUUCCAUCACCCCGGCCCAUUCUCCCUCUUUCCAUCACCCCACCUCAUUCUCCCACUUUCCAUCACCCCGCGCCAUUUUCCCUCUUUCCAUCACCCCGCCCCAUUCUUCCGCUUUCCAUCACCCUGCCCCAUUUUCUUGCUUUCCAUCAUCCCGCUCCAUUGUCCCGCUUUCCAUCACCCCGCCCAAUUCUCCCUCUUUCCAUCACCACUCCCUAUUCUCCCUUUUUCCAUCACCCCGCCCCAUUCUCCCACUUUCCAUCACCCCGCCCCAUUCUCCCUCUUUCCAUCACCCCGCCCCAUUCUCCCGCUUUCCAUCACCUCGACCAAUUCUCCCGCUUUCCAUCACCCCUCCCCAUUCUCCCUCUUUCCAUCACCCUGCCCCAUUCUCCCUCUAUCCAUCACCCCACCCAAUUCUCCCGCUUUCCAUCACCCCGUCCCAUUCUCCCGCUUUCCAUCACCCCGCCCCAUUCUUUUGCGUUCCAUCACCCCACCCCAUCCUCACCUCUUUCCAUCACCCCGCCCCAUUCUCCCGGUUUCUAUCACCCCGCCCCAUUCUCCCUCUUUCCAUCACCCCGCCCCAUUCUCCCGCUUUCCAUCACCCCGCCCCGUUCUCCCUCUUUCCAUCACCCCGUCCCAUUCUCCCUCUUUCCAUCACCCCGCCCCAUUCUCCCGCUUUCCAUCACCCUGCCCCAUUCUCCCUCUUUUCAUAACCCCGCCCCAUAAUCCCGCUUUCCAUCACCCCGCCCCAUUCUCCCUCUUUCCAUCACCCCGCCCCGUUCUCCCGCUUUCCAUCACCCCGCCCCAUUCUCCCGCUUUCCAUCACCCCGCCCCAUUCUCCUGCUUUCCAUCACCCCGCCCCAUUCUCCCUCUUCCCAUCACCCCGCCCUAUUCUCUCGCUUUCCAUCACCCCGCCCCAUUCUCCCGCUUUUCUUCACCCCGCCCCAUUCUCUUGCUUUCCAUCACCCCGUCCCAUUCUCCCUCUUUCCAUCACCCCGCCCCAUUCUUCCUCUUUCCAUCUCCCCGCCCCAUUCUCCCUCUUUCCAUCACCCCGCCCCAUUCUCCCGCUUUCCAUCACCCCGCCCCAUUCUCCCACUUUCCAUCACCCCGCCCCAUUCUCCAUCUCUACAUCACCCCGCCCCACUCUCCCGCCUUCCAUCACCCCGCCCCAUUCUCCAUCUUUCCAUCACCCUGCCCAAUUCUCCCGCCUUCCAUCACCCCACCCCAUUCUCCCAUCUUCCAUCACCCCGCCCCAUUCUCCCUCUUUCCAUCACCCCGCCCCAUUCUCCCGCUUUCCAUCACCCCGUCCCAUUCUCCCUCUUUCCAUCACCCCGCCCAAUUCUCCCUCUUUCCAUCACCCCGCCCCAUUCUCCAGCUUUCCGUCACCCCGUCCCAUUCUCCCUCUUUCCAUCACCCUGCCCCAUUCUCCCUCUUUCCAUCACCCCGCCCCAUUCUCCCUCUUUCCAUCACCCCGCCCCAUUCUCCCGCUUUCCUUCACCCCGCGCCAUUUAACCUCUUUCCAUCACCCGCCCCAUUCUCCCGCUUUCCAUCACCCGGCUCCAUUGUCCCGCUUUCCAUCACCCCGCCCAAUUCUCCCUCUUUCCAUCACCACUCCCUAUUCUCCCUUUUUCCAUCACCCCGCCCCAUUCUCCCACUUUCCAUCACCCCGCCCCAUUCUCCCUCUUUCCAUCACCCCGCCCCAUUCUCCCGCUUUCCAUCACCUCGACCAAUUCUCCCGCUUUCCAUCACCCCGCCCCAUUCUCCCUCUUUCCAUCACCCUGCCCCAUUCUCCCUCUAUCCAUCACCCCACCCAAUUCUCCCGCUUUCCAUCACCCCGUCCCAUUCUCCCGCUUUCCAUCACCCCGCCCCAUUCUUUUGCGUUCCAUCACCCCACCCCAUCCUCCCCUCUUUCCAUCACCCCGCCCCAUUCUCCCGAUUUCUAUCACCCCGCCCCAUUCUCCCUCUUUCCAUCACCCCGCCCCAUUCUCCCGCUUUCCAUCACCCCGCCCCCUUUCCGUCACCCCGCCCCAUUCUCCCUCUUUCCAUCACCCUGCCCCAUUCUCCCUCUUUCCAUCACCCCGCCCCAUUCUCCCUCUUUCCAUCACCCCGCCCCAUUCUCCCGCUUUCCUUCACCCCGCGCCAUUUAACCUCUUUCCAUCACCCGCCCCAUUCUCCCGCUUUCCAUCACCCGGCUCCAUUGUCCCGCUUUCCAUCACCCCGCCCAAUUCUCCCUCUUUCUAUCACCCCUUCCCAUUCUCCCUCUUUCCAUCACCACGCCCCAUUCUCCUGCUUUCCAUCACCCCGCCCCAUUCUCCCUCUUUCCAUCACCCCGCCCCAUUCUCCCUCUUUCCAUUACCCCGCCCCAUUCUCCUGCUUUCCAUCACCCCGCCCCAUUCUCCCUCUUUCUAUCACCCCGCCCCAUUCUCCAGCUUUCCAUCACCUCGCUCCAUUCUCCCGCUUUCCAUCACCGCGCCCAAUUCUCCCGCUUUCCAUCACCCCUCUCCAUUCUCCCUCUUUCCAUCUCCCCGCCCCAUUCUCCUUCUUUCCAUCAACCCGUCCCAUUCUCCCUCUUUCCGUCACCCCACCCCAUUCUCCCUGUUUCCAUCACCUCGCCCCAUUCUCCCUCUUUCCAUCACCCCGCCCCAUUCUUCCUCCCAUUCUCCCGCUUUCCAUCAACCCGACCCAUUCUCCCGCUUUCCAUCACCCCACCCCGUUCUCCCGCUUUCCAUCACACCGCCCCAUUCUCCCUCUUUCCAUCACCCCGCCCCAUUCUCCUGCUUUCCAUCACCGCGCCCCAUUCUCCCGCUUUCCAUCACCCCGCCCCGUUCUCCCGCUUUCCAUCACCCCGCCUCAUUCUCCCUCUUUCCAUCAACCCGCCCCAUUCUCCCUAUUUCCAUCACCCCGCUCCAUUCUCCCGCUUUCCAUCAACCCGCCCGCUCCAUUCUCCCGCUUUCCAUCACCCCGCCCAAUUCUCCCUCUUUCCAUCACCCCUCUCCAUUCUCCCUCUUUCCAUCACCUCGCCCCAUUCUCCCGCUUUCCAUUACCCCGCCCCAUUCUCCCUCUUUCCAUCACCCGCCCCAUUCUCCCGUCUUUCAUCACCCCGCCCCAUUCUCCCUCUUUCCAUCACCCCGCCCAAUUCUCCCACUUUCCAUCACCCCGCCCCAUUCUCCCACCUUUCAUCACCCCGCCCCAUUCUCCCUCUUUCCAUCAACCUGCCCCAUUCUCCCUCUUUCCAUCACCCCGCCUUAUUCUCCCUCUUUCCAUCACCCCGCCCCAUUCUCCCGAUUUCCAUCACCUCGCCCCAUUCUCCCGCUUUCCAUCACCCCGCCCCGUUCUCCCGCUUUCUGUCACCCCGCCUCAUUCUCCCUCUUUCCAUCAACCCGCCCCAUUCUCCCUCUUUCCAUCACCCCGCUCCAUUCUCCCGCUUUCCAUCACCCCGUCCGCACCAUUCUCCCGCUUUCCAUCACCCCGCCCAAUUCUCCCUCUUUCCAUCACCCCUCCCCAUUCUCCCUCUUUCCAUCACCCCGCCCCAUUCUCCCGCUUUCCAUCACCCCGCCCCAUUCUCCCGCUUUCCAUCACCCGCCCUAUUCUCCCAUCUUUCAUCACCCCGCCUUAUUCUCCGUCUUUCCAUCACCCCGCCCAAUUCUCUCGCUUUCCAUCACCCCGCCCAAUUCUCCCGCUUUCCAUCACCCCGCCCCAUUCUCCCUCUUUCCAUCAACCCGCCCCAUUCCCCCUCUUUCCAUCACCCCGCCUUAUUCUCCCUCUUUCCAUCAUCCCGCUCCAUUCUCCCGAUUUCCAGCACCCCGCCCCAUUCUCCCGCUUUCCAUCACCCCGCCCCGUUCUCCCUCUAUCCAUCACCCCGCCCAAAUCUCCCACUUUCCAUCACCCCGUCCCAUUCUCCUGUUUUCCAUCACCCCGCCCCAUUCUCUCGCUUUCUAUCACCCCGCCUUAUUCUCCCGCUUUCCAUCACCCCGCACCAUUCUCUCGCUUUCCAUCACCCCGCCCCAUUCUCACUAUCUCCAUCACCCCUCCCCAUUCUCCCUCUUUCCAUCACCCCGCCCCAUUCUCAUGCUUUCUAUCACCCUGCCCCAUUCUCCCUCUUUCCAUCACCCCGCCCCAUUCUCCCGCCUUCCAUCACCCCGCCCCAUUCUCCUUCCUUCCAUCACCCUGGCCAAUUCUCCCGCUUUCCAUCACCGCGCCCCAUUCUCCCGCCUUCCAUCACCCCGCCCCAUUCUCCCUCUUUCCAUCACCCCGCCCCAUUCUCCCGCUUUCCAUCACCCCGCCCCAUUCUCCAGCCCCAUUCUCCCUCUUUCCAUCACCCUGCCCCAUUCUCUCGCUUUCCAUCACCCCGCCCCAUUUUCCCUCUUUCCAUCACCCCGCCCCAUUCUCCCGCUUUCCAUCACCCCGCCCCAUUCUCCCGCUUUCCAUCACCCCGCUCCAUUCUCCCGCUUUCCAUCACCCCGCCCAAUUCUCCCUCUUUCCAUCACCCCGCCCCAUUCUCCCGCUUUCCAUCACCCCGCCCCAUUCUCCCUCUAUCCAUCACCCCGCCCAAUUCUCCCACUUUCCAUCACCCCGUCCCAUUCUCCUGUUUUCCAUCACCCCGCCCCAUUCUCUCGCUUUCUAUCACCCCGCCUUAUUCUCCCGCUUUCCAUCACCCCGCACCAUUCUCCCGCUUUCCAUCACCCCGCCCCAUUCUCACUAUCUCCAUCACCCCUCCCCAUUCUCCCUCUUUCCAUCACCCCGCCCCAUUCUCAUGCUUUCUAUCACCCCGCCCCAUUCUCCCUCUUUCCAUCAACCCGCCCCAUUCCCUCUCUUUCCAUCACCCCGCCUUAUUCUCCCUCUUUCCAUCAUCCCGCUCCAUUCUCCCGAUUUCCAGCACCCCGCCCCAUUCUCCCGCUUUCCAUCACCCCGCCCCGUUCUCCCUCUAUCCAUCAUCCCGCCCAAAUCUCCCACUUUCCAUCACCCCGUCCCAUUCUCCUGUUUUCCAUCACCCCGCCCCAUUCUCUCGCUUUCUAUCACCCCGCCUUAUUCUCCCGCUUUCCAUCACCCCGCACCAUUCUCUCGCUUUCCAUCACCCCGCCCCAUUCUCACUAUCUCCAUCUCCCCUCCCCAUUCUCCCUCUUUCCAUCACCCCGCCCCAUUCUCAUGCUUUCUAUCGACCCGCCCCAUUCUCCCUCUUUCCAUCACCCCGCCCCAUUCUCCCGCCUUCCAUCACCCCGCCCCAUUCUCCUUCCUUCCAUCACCCUGGCCAAUUCUCCCGCUUUCCAUCACUGCGCCCCAUUCUCCCGCCUUCCAUCACCCCGCCCCAUUCUCCCUCUUUCCAUCACCCCGCACCAUUCUCCCGCUUUCCAUCACCCCGCCCCAUUCUCCAGCCCCAUUCUCCCUCUUUCCAUCACCCCGCCCCAUUCUCUCGCUUUCCAUCACCCCGCCCCAUUUUCCCUCUUUCCAUCACCCCGCCCCAUUCUCCCGCUUUCCAUCAACCCGCCCCAUUCUCCCGCUUUCCAUCACCCCGCUCCAUUCUCCCGCUUUCCAUCACCCCACCCAAUUCUCCCUCUUUCCAUCACCCCACCCCAUUCUCCCGAUUUCCAUCACCCCGCCCCAUUCUCCCGCUUUCCAUCACCCCGCCCCAUUCUCCCUCUAUCCAUCACCCCGCCCAAUUCUCCCACUUUCCAUCACCCCGUCCCAUUCUCCUGUUUUCCAUCACCCCGCCCCAUUCUCUCGCUUUCUAUCACCCCGCCUUAUUCUCCCGCUUUCCAUCAGCCCGCACCAUUCUCCCGCUUUCCAUCACCCCGCCCCAUUCUCACUAUCUCCAUCACCCUCCCCCAUUCUCCCUCUUUCCAUCACCCCGCCCCAUUCUCAUGCUUUCUAUCACCCCGCCCCAUUCUCACUCUUUCCAUCACCCCGCCCCAUUCUCCCACCUUCCAUCACCCCACCCCAUUCUCCUUCCUUCCAUCACCCUGGCCAAUUCUCCCGCUUUCCAUCACCGCGCCCCAUUCUCCCGCCUUCCAUCACCCCGCCCCAUUCUCCCUCUUUCCAUCACCCCGCCCCAUUCUCCCGCUUUCCAUCACCCCGCCCCAUUCUCCAGCCCCAUUCUCCCUCAUUCCAUCACCCCGCCCCAUUCUCUCGCUUUCCAUCACCCCGCCCCAUUUUCCCUCUUUCCAUCACCCCGCCCCAUUCUCCCGCUUUCCAUCACCCCGCCCCAUUCUCCCGCUUUCCAUCACCCCGCUCCAUUCUCCCGCUUUCCAUCACCCCGCCCAAUUCUCCCUCUUUCCAUCACCCCACCCCAUUCUCCCGAUUUCCAUCACCCCGCCCCAUUCUCCCGCUUUCCAUCACCCUGCCCCAUUCUCCCUCUAUCCAUCACCCCGCCCAAUUCUCCCACUUUCCAUCACCCCGUCCCAUUCUCCUGUUUUCCAUCACCCCGCCCCAUUCUCUCUAUCUCCAUCACCCCUCCCCAUUCUCCCUCUUUCCAUCACCCCGCCCCAUUCUCAUGCUUUCUAUCACCCCACCCCAUUCUCCCUCUUUCCAUCACCCCGCCCCAUUCUCCCACCUUCCAUCACCCCGCCUAAUUCUCCUUCCUUCCAUCACCCUUGCCAAUUCUCCCGCUUUCCAUCACCGCGCCCCAUUGUCCCGCCUUCCAUCACCCCGCACCAUUCUCCCUCUUUCCAUCACCCCGCCCCAUUCUCCCGCUUUCCAUCACCUCGCCCCAUUCUCCCGCCCCAUUCUCCCUCUUUCCAUCACCCCGCCCCAUUCUCUCGCUUUCCAUCACCCCGCCCCAUUUUCCCUCUUUCCAUCACCCCGCCCCAUUCUCCCGCUUUCCAUCACCCCGCCCCAUUCUCCCGCUUUCCAUCAGCCCGCUCCAUUCUCCCGCUUUCCAUCACCCCGCCCAAUUCUCCCUCUUUCCAUCACCCCACCCCAUUCUCCCUCUUUCCAUCACCCCGCCCCAUUCUCCCGCUUUCCAUCACCCUGCCCCAUUCUCCCUCUUUCCAUCACCCCGCCCUAUCCUCUCUCUUUCCAUCACCCCGCACCAUUUUCCCGCUUUCCAUCACCCCGCACCAUUCUCCCUCUUUCCAUCACCCCACCCCAUUCUACUGCUUUCCAUGACCCCGUCCAAUUCUCCCGCUUUCCAUCACCCCGCCCAAUUUUCCCUCUUUCCAUCAUCCCGCCCCAUUCUCCCUCUUUCCAUCACCCCGCCCCAUUCUCCCCCAAUCCAUCACCCCGCCCCAUUUUCUCUCUUUUCAUCACCCCGUCCCAUUCUUCCGCUUUCCAUCACCCCGCCCCAUUCUCCCGCCUUCCAUCACCCCGCCCCAUUCUCCAUCUUUCCAUCACCCUGCCCAAUUCUCCCGCUUUCCAUCACCCCGCCCCAUCCUCCCGCCUUCCAUCACCCCGCCCCAUUCUCCCUCCUUCCGUCACCCCGCCCCAUUCUCCCGCUUUCCAUCACCUCGCCCCAUUCUCCCGCUUUCCAUCAACCCGCCCCAUUCUCCCUCUUUCCAUCACCCCGCCCCAUUCUCCCGCUUUCCAUCACCACGCCCCAUUCUCCCGCUUUCCAUCACCCCGCCCCAUUCUCCCGCUUUCCAUCACCCCGCCCCAUUCUCCCUCUUUCCAUCACCCCGCCCCAUUCUCCCCCUUUCCAUCACCCCGCCCCAUUCUCCCUCUUUCCAUCACCCUUCCCCAUUCUCCCUCUAUCGAUCACCCCACCCAAUUCUCCCGCUUUCCAUCACCCCGUCCCAUUCUCCCGCUUUCCAUCACCUCGCCCCAUUCUUUUGCGUUCCAUCACCCCACCCCAUCCUCCCCUCUUUCCAUCAUCCCGCCCCAUUCUCCCAAUUUCUAUCACCCCGCCCCAUUCUCCCUCUUUCCAUCACCCCGCCCCAUUCUCCCGCUUUCCAUCACCCCGCCCCAUUCUAGCUCUUUCAAUCACCCCGCCCCAUUCUCUCGCUUUCCAUCACCCCGCCCCGUUCUCCCGCUUUCCAUCACCCCGCCCCAUUUUCCCGCCUUCCAUCACCCCGCCCCAUUCUCCUGCUUUCCAUCACCCCGCCCCAUUCUCCCUCAUUCCAUCACCCCGCCCCAUUCUCUCGCUUUCCAUCACCCCGCCCCAUUCUCCCGCUUCUCAUCACCCUGCCCCAUUCUCCCGCUUUCCAUCACCCCGUCCCAUUCUCCCUCUUUCCAUCACCCCGCUCCAUUCUCCCGCUUUCCAUCACCCCUCCCUAUUCUCCCUCUUUCCAUCACCCCGCCCUAUUCUCCCGCUUUCCAUCACCCCGCCCCAUUCUCCCGCUUUCCAUCACCCCGCCCCAUUCUCCCGCUUUCCAUCACCCCGCCCCAUUCUCCCGCUUUCCAUCACCCCGCCCCAUUCUCCCUCUUUCCAUCACACCGCCCCGUUCUCCCGCUUUCCAUCACCCCGCUCCGUUCUCCCGCUUUCCAUCACCCUGACCCAUUCUCCCCCUUUCCAUCAACCCGCCACAUUCUCCCGCUUUCCAUCACCGCGCCCCAUUCUCCCUCUUUCCAUCACCCCGCCCCGUUCUCCCGCUUACCAUCACCCCGCCCCAUUCUCCCGCUUUCCAUCACCCCGCCCCAUUCUCCCUCUUUCCAUCACACCGCCCCAUUCUCCCUGUUUCCAUCACCCCGCCCCAUUCUCCCGAUUUCCAUCACCCCUCCCCAUUCUCCCGCUUUCCAUCACCCCGCCCCAUUCUCCCGCUUUCCAUCACUCCACCCCAUUCUCCCGCUUUCCAUCACCCCGCCCCAUUCUCCCGCUUUCCAUCACCCUGCCCCAUUCUCCCGCUUCCCAUCACCCGGGCCCAUUCUCCCGCUUUCCAUCACCCCGCCCCAUUCUCCCGCUUUCCAUCACCCCGACCCAUUCUCCCUCCUUCCAUCACCCCGCCUCAUUCUCCCGCUUUCCAUCACCCCGCCCCAUUCUCCCGCUUUCCAUAACCCCGCCGCAUUCUCCCACUUUCCAUCACCCAGCCACAUUCUCCCACUUUCCAUCAGCCCGCCCCAUUCUCCCUCCUUCCUUUGCCCUGCCCCAUUCUCCCUCCUUCCAUCAUCCCGCCCCAUUCUCCCUCCUUCCAUCACCUCGCCCCAUUUUCCCGCUUUCUAUUUGCCCGCCCCAUUCCACCGCUUUCCAUCACCCCGCCCCAUUCUCCAGCUUUCCAUAACCCGCCCCAUUCUCCCGCUUUCCAUCACCCCGCCCCAUUCUCCCGCUUUCCAUCACCCCACCCCAUUCUCCCGCUUUCCAUCACCCCACCCCAUAUUCCCGCUUUCCAUCCCUGCCCCAUUCUCCAGCUUUCCAUCAGCCGCCCCAUUCUCCCGCUUUCCAUCACCCCGCCUUAUUCUCCAGCUCUCCAUCACCCCGCACCAUUCGCCCGCUUUCCAUCACCCCUCCCCAUUCUCCUGCUUUCCAUCACCCCGCCCCAUUCUCCCUCCUUCCAUGACCCCGCCCCAUUCUCCCUCCAUCCAUCACCCCGCCCUAUUCUCCCAAUUUCCAUCACCCCACCCCAUUCUCCCGCUUUCCAUCACCCCGCCUUAUUCUCCCGCUUUCCAUCACCUCGCCCCAUUCUCCCGCUUUCCAUCACCCCGCCCCAUUCUCCGCUUUCCAUCACACGCCCAUUCUCCCGCUUUCCAUCACCCCGCACCAUUCUCCCGCUUUUCAUUACCCCGCCCCAUUUUCCUGCUUCCCAUCAUCUCGCCCCAUUCUCCCGCUUUCCAUCACCCUGCCCCAUUCUCCCUCCUUCCAUCACCCCACCCCAUUCUCCCGCUUUCCAUCACCUCGCCCCAUUCUCUCGCUUUCCAUCACCCCGCCCCAUUCUCCCGCUUUCCAUCACCCCGCCCCAUUCUCCUGCUUUCCAUCACCCGCCCCAUUCUCCCGCUUUCCAUCACCCCACCCCAGUCUCCCGCUUUCCAUCACCCCGCCCUAUUCUCCCCCUUUCCAUCACCCCGCCCCAAUCUCCCGCUUUCCAUCACCCCACCCCAUUCUCCCGCUUUCCAUCACCCCGCCCCAUUCUCCCGCUUUCCUUCACCCCUCCCCAUUCUCCCACUUUCCAUCACCCCGCCCCAUUCUCCCGCUUUCAAUCACCCCACCCCAUUCUCCCGCUUUCCAUCACUCCGCCCCAUUCUCCCUCCUUCCAUCACCCCGCCCCAUUCUCCCGCUUUCCAUCACCCCGACCCAUUCUCCCACUUUCCAUCACCCCGCCCCAUUCUCCUGCUUUCCAUCAUCCAGCCCCAUUCCCCCGCUUUCCAUCACCCCGCCCUAUUCUCCCUCUUUCCAUCACCCCGCCCCAUUCUCCCUCCUUCCAUCACCCCGCCCCAUUCUACCGCUUUCCAUCACCCCGCCACAUUCUUCCACUUUCCAUCACCCCGCCCCAUUCUCCCUCCUUCCAUCACCCCGCCCCAUUCCCCCGCUUUCCAUCACCCCGCCCCAUUCUCCCGCAUUCCAUCACCCCGCCCCAUUCUCCCUCCUUCCAUCACCCCGCCCCAUUCUCCCGCUUUCCAUCACCCCACCCCAUUCUUCCGCAUUCCAUCACCCCGCCCCAUUCUCCCGCCCGCCCCAUUCUCCCGCUUUCCAUCACCCCGCCCCAUUCUCCCGCGUUCCAUCUCCCCGCCCCAUUCUCCCGGUCUCCAUAACCCCGCCCCCUUCUCCCUCCUUCCAUCACCCCGCCCCAUUCUCCCUCCUUCCAUCAUCCCGCCCCUUUCUCCCGCUUUCCAUCAGCCCGCCCCAUUCUCCCGCUUUCCAUCACCCAGCCCCAUUCUCCCGCUCUCCAUCACCCCGCCCCGUUCUCCCGCUUUCCAUAACCCCGCCCCAUUCUCACGCUUUCCAUCACCCCGCCCCAUUCACCCGCUUUCCAUCACCCCGCCCCAUUCCGCUCCAUUCCGUCACCCCGCCCCAUUCUCCCGCUUUCCAUCACCUCGCCCCAUUCUCACGCUCUCCAUCACCCCGCCCCAUUCACCCGCUUUCCAUCACCCCGCCCCAUUCUCACGCUUUCCAUCACCCCACCCCACUCCCGCUUUCCAUCACCCCGCCCCAUUCUCCCGCUUUCCAUCACCCCGCCCCAUUCUCCCGCUUUCCAUCACCUUGCCCCAUUCUCACGCUUUCCAUCACCCCGCCCCAUUCUCCCGCUUUCUAUCACCCCGCCCCAUUCUCCUCCCUUCCAUCACCCCGCCUCAUUCUCCCUCCUUCCAUCACCCCGCCCCGUUCUCCCGCUUUCCAUCACCCCGCCCCAUUCUCCCGCUUCCCAUCAACCCGCCCCAUUCUCCCACUUUCCAUCACCCCGCCCCAUUCUCCCGCAUUCCAUCACCCUGCCCCAUUCUCCCGCUUUCCAUAACCCCGCCCCAUUCUCCUGCUUUCCAUCACCCCGCCAUAUUCUCCCACUUUCCAUCACCCCUCCCCAUUCUCCCUCCUUCCAUCACACGCCCCAUUCUCCCUCCUUCCAUCACCCACCCCAUUCUCCCUCCUUCCAUCACCCCGCCCCAUUCUCCCGCUUUCCAUCACCACGCCUCAUUCUCCCGCUUUCCAUCACCCCGCCCCAUACUCCCGCUUUCCAUCACCCCGCCCCAUUCUCCCGCUUUCCAUCACCCCGCCCCAUUCUCCCGCUUUCCAUCACCCCGCCCCAAUCUCCCUCCUUCCAUCACCCGCCCCAUUCUCCCUCCUUCCAUCACCCACCCCAUUCUCCCUCCUUCCAUCACCCCGCCCCAUUCUCCCGCUUUCCAUCACCACGCCUCAUUCUCCCGCUUUCCAUCACCCCGCCCCAUACUCCCGCUUUCCAUCACCCCGCCCCAUUCUCCCGCAUUCCAUCACCCCGCCCCAUUCUCCCUCCUUCCAUCACCCCGCCCCAUUCUCCCGCUUUCCAUCACCCCACCCCAUUCUUCCGCAUUCCAUCACCCCGCCCCAUUCUCCCGCUUUCCAUCACCUCGCCCCAUUCUCCCGCAUUCCAUCAUCCUGCCCCAUUCUCCCUCCUUCCAUCACCCCGCCCCUUUCUCCCGCUUUCCAUCAGCCCGCCCCAUUCUCCCGCUUUCCAUCACCCCGCCCCAUUCUCCCGCGUUCCAUCUCCCCGCCCCAUUCUCCCGCCCCAUUCUCCCGCUCUCCAUCACCCCGCCCCGUUCUCCCGCUUUCCAUAACCCCGCCCCAUUCUCACGCUUUCCAUCACCCCGCCCCAUUCACCCGCUUUCCAUCACCCCGCCCCAUUCCGCUCCUUUCCUUCACCCCGCCCCAUUCUCCCGCUUUCCAUCACCUCGGCCCAUUCUCACGCUCUCCAUCACCCCGCCCCAUUCACCCGCUUUCCAUCACCCCGCCCCAUUCUCACGCUUUCCAUCACCCCACCCCACUCCCGCUUUCCAUCACCCCGCCCCAUUCUCCCGCUUUCCAUCACCCCGCCCCAUUCUCCCGCUUUCCAUCACCUUGCCCCAUUCUCACGCUUUCCAUCACCCCGCCCCAUUCUCCCGCUUUCCAUCACCCCGCCCCAUUCUCCCUCCUUCCAUCACCCCGCCUCAUUCUCCCUCCUUCCAUCACCCCGCCCCGUUCUCCCGCUUUCCAUCACCCCGCCCCAUUCUCCCGCUUCCCAUCACCCCGCCCCAUUCUCCCGCUUUCCAUCACCCCGCCCCAUUCUCCCGCAUUCCAUCACCCUGCCCCAUUCUCCCGCUUUCCAUAACCCCGCCCCAUUCUCCUGCUUUCCAUCACCCCGCCAUAUUCUACCACUUUCCAUCACCCCGCCCCAUUCUCCCUCCUUCCAUCACCCGCCCCAUUCUCCCUCCUUCCAUCACCCACCCCAUUCUCCCUCCUUCCAUCACCCCGCCCCAUUCUCCCGCUUUCCAUCACCACGCCUCAUUCUCCCGCUUUCGAUCACCCCGCCCCAUACUCCCGCUUUCCAUCACUCCGCCCCAUUCUCCCGCUUUCCAUCACCCCGCCCCAUUCUCCCGCUUUCCAUCACCCCGCCCCAAUCUCCCUCCUUCCAUCACCCCGCCCCAUUCUCCCGCUUUCCAUGAGCCCGCCCCAUUCUCCCUCCUUCCAUCACCUCGGGCCAUUCUCCUUCCUUCCAUCACCCUGCCCCAUUCUCCCGCUUUCCAUCACCCCGCCCCAUUUUCCCGUUUUCCAUCACCCCGCCCCAUUCUCCUGCUUUCCAUCACCCCGCCCGAUUCUCCUGCUUUCCACCACCCCGCCCCAUUCUCCCGCUUUCCAUCACCCCGCCCCAUUCUCCCGCUUUCCAUCACCCCACCCCAUUCUCCCACCUUCUAUCACCCCGCCCCAUUCUCCCUCCUUCCAUCACCUCGCCCCAUUCUCCCGCUUUCCAUUACUCCGCCCCAUUCUCCUGCUUUCCAUCACCCCGCCCCAUUCUCCCGCUUUCCAUCACCCCGCCCCAUUCCCCCGCUUUCCAUCACCCCGCCCCAUUCUCCCGCUUUUCAUCACCCCGCCCCGUUCUCCCGCUUUCCAUCACCCCGCCCCAUUCUCCCGCUUUCCAUCACCCCGCCCCAUUCUCCCUCUUUCCAUCACCCCGCCCCAUUCUCCCUCCUUCCAUCACCCCGCCCCAUUCUCCGCUUCCCAUAA